AAACCCCAAUCUUGAGACACCCAACACCACAGCCAUCAACUCUCUCUCUCUCUCUCUCUCUCUCUCUCUCUCUCUCUCUCUCACUUUCCACUCCAACCGCCAUCAAUGGCCGUCGCCAACAACCUAACAGCAGUUCUCAACUUCAUAGCCUUUCUCUGCUCCAUACCCGUCAUCGCCUCCGGCAUCUGGCUAGCCUCCAAGCCCGACAAUGAAUGCAUCAAGCUUAUACGCUGGCCCCUCGUCUUGCUCGGUCUCCUCAUCCUCCUCGUCUCUCUCGCUGGCUUUGUCGGUGCUUACUGGUACAAAGAGACUCUUCUCGCUUUCUACCUAUGCUGCAUGGCCAUCCUCAUCGGCCUCUUCCUUAUCCUUCUCGUCUUCGCCUUCAUCGUCACUCGACCCGACGGCAGCUACGAUGUUCCCGGCAGAGGUUUCAAGGAGUACAGGCUCGAUGGGUUCUCCGCCUGGUUGAGAGAUCACGUGGUUAACUCAAAGAAUUGGGAGAAGAUCAGCGCCUGUCUUUCUGAUACUCAAGUUUGCCCUAAGCUAACCCAGCAAUAUAUCACUGUUGAUCAGUUCUUCAUGGCUCACAUCUCUCCUCUUCAGUCAGGAUGUUGCAAGCCUCCAACAGCUUGUGGGUAUAAUUAUGUGAGCCCAACAUUGUGGUUGAACCCGGUGAACCCGACGGCCGACCCGGACUGCUACUUGUGGAGCAAUGAUCAGAACCAGCUCUGCUACAACUGCAAUUCUUGCAAGGCUGGUCUGUUGGGGAACCUGAGAAGAGAAUGGAGGAAAGCUAAUAUAAUUCUGAUAGUGACAGUGGUGGUGCUUAUAUGGGUGUAUAUAAUUGCAUGCAGUGCUUUCAAGAAUGCCCAAACAGAGGACCUUUUCCGCCGUUACAAACAGGGUUGGGUUUAAUACUAUUUUCCUUUCUUAUCUGUACAUAUAUAUACGUAGUAUAUAUUCCUUUAUUCUGGUUUAUCUACAGUCUGGUUUAUCUUUUCAAA